CAGAGCUCCGGGCGGUCGCAUUGUUUUCCUCCGUGGAGCCGCGGCGGGAGUGGGGGCUGCCACUGGGACCCAGGGCUCGCCCGACCCGACAGCACCCGGGGGCCCAGAUCCAGGGUCCAUCCAAUUUGGAUGCUCAUUAUAUCUUGCCAGAGCCCCAACCACGGAUUGCGAACUCGGCGCGGUGCGGGGCCGCUGCCCGCUCGCUGCCAUCUCGAUCCCGCUGACCCGGAUCUCGGAGCAACAGGGAAACUAAGGCUUCGAGACCCGCGGAGAACCGGGCCGUCUCUAUGCCCCUGCAGGGAUGGGAAAGGGGACGCGUCGUUCCGGACUUUAGUGUCACGGCUGCACCUCUGUCCUUGUGCAAGAGAGAGUCAGAGAUCACCUAUUCCUUCAAACCCCUACAGGAGUCAUCAACCCAGGGCCAGCAUAUGGGUGAGGGGGCACCUCCUGGGGCCUGAGCUGCCCCACACAGGAUGCCCCGUGUCCCUCACUUCAUGCCCUUGCUGCUACUGCUGCUGCUGCUCUCACUUCCCCAUACCCAGGCCGCCUUUCCCCAGGACCCCGUCCCUCUGCUGACCUCUGACCUGCAAGGUACUUCCCCAUCAUCCUGGUUCCGGGGCCUGGAGGAUGAUGCUGUGGUUGCAGAACUUGGGCUGGACUUUCAGCGAUUCCUGACCUUGAAUCGGACCUUGCUAGUGGCUGCCCGGGAUCACGUUUACUCCUUCGAUCUUCAAGCCCAAGAAGAAGGGGAGGGGCUGGUGCCCAACAAGUAUCUAACAUGGAGGAGCCAAGACAUGGAGAACUGUGCUGUGCGGGGGAAACUGACGGAGGAGUGCUACAACUACAUUCGUGUUCUCGUUCCCUGGGACUCCCAGACACUCCUUGCCUGUGGAACGAACUCAUUCAGCCCCGUGUGCCGCAGCUAUGGGAUAACUUCGCUGCAGCAGGAGGGUGAGGAGCUCAGUGGGCAGGCUCGAUGUCCCUUUGAUGCCACUCAGUCCAAUGUGGCCAUCUUUGCAGAGGGCAGCCUGUACUCAGCCACAGCCGCGGAUUUCCAGGCCAGUGAUGCUGUAGUUUACAGAAGCCUUGGGCCUCAGCCCCCACUCCGCUCCGCCAAGUACGACUCCAAGUGGCUCCGAGAGCCAUACUUUGUUCAUGCCUUGGAGCAUGGAGACCAUGUCUACUUCUUCUUCCGAGAGGUCUCUGUGGAGGAUGCCCGGCUGGGGAGGGUGCAGUUCUCCCGUGUGGCCCGUGUGUGUAAGCGUGACAUGGGUGGCUCACCUCGGGCCUUGGACCGCCAUUGGACAUCCUUCCUGAAGCUGCGGCUCAACUGCUCUGUCCCUGGGGACUCUACCUUCUAUUUUGACGUCUUACAGGCCUUGACCGGGCCUGUGAAUUUGUAUGGCCGCUCUGCUCUCUUUGGGGUCUUCACCACCCAGACCAAUAGCAUCCCUGGCUCUGCAGUCUGCGCCUUCUACCUGGAUGAUAUUGAGCGUGGGUUUGAGGGCAAGUUCAAGGAGCAGAGGAGUCUGGAUGGGGCCUGGACCCCUGUGUCUGAGGACAGGGUCCCCUCCCCCAGGCCAGGAUCCUGUGCAGGAGUAGGUGUAGCUGCCUUGUUCUCCUCUUCUCGAGACCUCCCUGAUGAUGUCCUGACCUUUAUCAAGGCUCACCCACUGCUGGACCCUGCCGUGCCACCUGCCACCCAUCAGCCUCUGCUCACCCUCACCAGCAGGGCCCUACUGACCCAGGUAGCUGUGGAUGGCAUGGCUGGUCCCUACAGUAACAUCACAGUCCUGUUCCUCGGCUCCAAUGAUGGGACAGUGCUGAAGGUGCUGCCCCCAGGGGGCCAAUCUGGGGGACAGGAGCCCAUCGUGUUGGAAGAGAUCGAUGCCUACAGCCCCUCCCGGUGCAGUGGGAAGCGGGCAACCCAAACAGCACGGCGGAUCAUAGGGCUGGAGCUGGACACUGAAGGUCACAGGCUCUUUGUGGCUUUUUCUGGCUGCAUCAUCUACCUCCCUCUCAGUCAGUGUACCCGGCAUGGGGCCUGUCAGAGGAGCUGUCUGGCGUCUCAGGACCCAUACUGUGGAUGGGAUAGCUCCAGAGGCUGUGUGGAUAUCAGGGGAUCUGGUGGGACUGAUGUGGAUCCAGCUGGGAACCAGGAAUCCAUGGAGCAUGGUGACUGCCAAGAUGGAGCUACCGGGAGUCAGUCUGGCACAGGGAAUUCUGCUUAUGUGCUUCUGGGUCCUGGCCCUUCCCCUGAGACCCCCAGCCCCCCCAGUGAUGCCCACCCCCGGCCCCAGUCUUCCACUCUUGGAGCUCACACUCAGGGCGUGCGCCGGGACCUCCCCCCAGCCUCUGCCUCCCGCUCCGUCCCCAUCCCACUCCUCCUGGCCUGUGUGGCCGCAGCCUUCGCCCUGGGCGCCUCAGUCUCUGGCCUCCUGGUCUCCUGCGCUUGUCGCCGCGCCCACCGACGCCGCAGCAAGGACAUCGAGACUCCAGGGCUCCCGCGCCCUCUCUCCCUUCGCAGCUUAGCUCGGCUGCACGGGGCGGGCCCAGAGCCGCCGCCGCCGCUGUCCAAGGACGGAGACGGGGCGCAGACGCCCCAGCUCUACACCACCUUCCUGCCUCCUCCCGAGGGCGUCCCCCCGCCGGAGCUGGCCUGCCUGCCCACGCCGGAGUCCACGCCGGAGCUGCCGGUCAAGCACCUCCGCCACGCCGGGGGCCCCUGGGAGUGGAACCAGAAUGGGAACAACGCCAAGGAGGGCCCGGGCCGCGCACGCGGCGGGAACGCGGCCGGCGGCCCUGCGCCGCGCGUGCUGGUGAGGCCGCCGCCGCCUGGCUGUCCCGGGCAGGCUGUGGAAGUCACCACCCUGGAGGAACUGCUGCGCUACCUGCACGGCCCGCCGUCGCGGAAGGGGGCCGAGCCGCCGCCGCCCGCCCCUCUGACCUCGCAGGCGCUCCCGCCCAAGCCCGCGCCCACCCCCGCGCGCUUCGCGGGCUCCAGCCUGCUCCCCCGGGAGUGCGCCCCGCCCCUGCGGCUGGACGUGCCCCCCGAGGGGAAGCGCCCGGCCCCCGCCGCCCGGCCCGCGCUCUCCGGCCCCGCUCCCCGGCUCGGGCUCGGGGGCAGCCGGAGGUUGCCCUUCAACGCUCACCGUGCGCCUCCCGCCCUGCUUACUCGAGUCCCCUCGGGAGGCCCCUCCAGGUACUCCGGGGGUCCCGGGAGACACCUCCUGUACUUAGGCCGGCCGGAGGGCUACCGGGGCCGCGCCCUGAAGCGGGUGGACGUCGAGAAGCCCCAGUUGUCCCCAAAGCCUCCCCUGGUCGGGCCCUCUUCCCCGCCGGCCGUCCCUAGCGGCAGCCAUUUUAACUUUUAAAGGUCGCUGCUCCGGGGCCUCGCGUGGGCUUCCGGAGGCCCCCGCCUCGAAGGCCGCGAGCGGGGACGGCCCUCCACGGACAGCUCGCCGCCCUCUCUCCUUGCCCCACACCUCCAGCCUUCCUGGACUCUGAGAGUCUCCGGGGGCCCUGCCCGCCUCGGGUUUAUUUAUUGACUGUCGACUGUCUCCCCCUGUCCUCGAGAGAGGCGUGGGAGGUGAGAAGCUCGCCCCCUCAGUGAGCCAGCUUUUUGGGGGGAACUGGCACACUCCCGCUCCCCCCUCUCUCAGCCAAGCUGCCUUAAUCGCCCCUCCGGGCUUCCUCCGUGGACUGGGCCCCGGGCGGGCCGCGAGCCGACGGAAGGCGCUGGGGCCACUGCGUGCGUUGUGUCGCGUCCUCGGGCCUCCUGGGACGUGCCGCCUCCUACUGUGUAGGAGCCUCCGCUGCCUAAUACAGCUGUGUCCCGAGCCGCUGCCUGACUUUACUCGCGGAGGGGCCGGGGCGGGGCCGGGCGGGAAGUGGUCGGCUCGCUCUGAGCCUUGUGCCCCUGAAUCUCUGCCUUCAUCUUGGCCUUGAGCUCUCUCCCGGCUAAUUGGGAUGGCUGCAGUCCCACCGGGGUUAAUCAGGAAAGGUUUCCUGAAGGAGGCAAGCGAAGUGGUGUGGGGAGAUGAGCCAGGGCCCAGGAGACCCACAGUAGAGUUUAGGUGGAGUUGGGGAGGGUACUUGGAGCACGUUUCUGGAUUGAGGUAACAGAGACUUUUUCACAGCCUGUUCUAUGGGGUGCGGGGAGGGUAUUUUUGGAGAAAUAAAAUGAA